GGGGCCUGCCAGGGCGCAGGCCGCUGCCGUGCCUCCGCCGUGGGGCCAAGAGGACUGAGGAGAGAAUUGCCUGGGCCGGGAAGGCUGGUCCCUCGCGUCGCCUCCGGGACUUGUGACACCUGCGCGGGGCUAACGCUGCUCUAAUGACACAGCAGGGCUGUCACCCCUGGGCUCCACGCUGUGGCACCGGGAAGCAGUUGGUGUAUCCCAUGUAUAGGCCAGUGUGGCCUUGGAAGAGAAGCUUGGGCUCUCACGGGUGAUUCCUUAUUGUAAGCGAGACUCCCCAGCCUGGUGAGAUGAUGGACUGGGUGCUAUGCGGCGGGUGCCAGCGUGCCAUCGCACAACAGCUGAUGGGAUGCCUGUGUAGGCCUUGGUGUCAACCCAGAGGCUGAAUCCAUCUGGCAGACCUGGAGCUAGGAGAGACCUGUGCAUGGGAAGGACAGAAUGGCUGUCCUUGCAGCAGCUCCUAUGAAACUUGUGCUGCAUGCCUCGGAUACAUGCCCCUAAUCGGCUUACGAGCUUCCCUUGACCUACGCUUCUCUUCCUAACACUGAUCGGACUAUGGCUGUCCUCAAAGUAAAAUUCACCAAAACUAGAAGGGACAAACUGGCUCAGAUCUUAUGGAUCCUCAACUGGGUUUCCGUAGUGAGUGGGAUCAUUCUCUUCAGUCUCGGUCUCUUUCUGAAAAUAGAGAUCAAGAAGCGCAAUGAAGUGAUGGCAAAAGGGGACGUCAACUCUCUCCCCAACAUGCUGAUCUCUGUUGGGGUCAUAGCAUGCAUCAUCAACUUUCUGGGCGGCAAGAUUUGCUAUGACUGCUCAGAUGCCAACAAGUUCUCUCGAUGGAAACUGGUUAUGCUGCCAUACAUCGUGUGUACCUUCUGUUUUACCUUCUGCAUCCUGGUGGGUGCUCUGAUGUGCUAUACCAUGAGGAACGAGCUGGAGGAGUCUCUCUAUCUGGGACUGAGGGAUGCUAUUAAGUUCUAUAAGGACACAGACAUACCUGGACGAUGUUUCUUAAAGAAAACAGUGGAUAUGUUACAAAUUGGAUUCCAAUGCUGUGGAAACAAUGGCUUUAGAGACUGGUUUGAAAUUCAGUGGGUGUCUGCUCGUUAUCUGAAUAUGGCUUCCAAGGAAGUUGUGGACCGUCUGAAGAGCAACGUUGACGGGAAGUUCCUGGUGGACGGGGUGCCCUUCAGCUGCUGCAACCCCAGCUCCCCCCGGCCCUGCAUCCAGUACCAGCUCACGAACAACAGCGCUCACUACAACUACGAUUUUCUGACCGAGGAGCUCAACGUCUGGGUGAAGGGGUGCAGAGAGGCCCUGCUGGAUUACUACACUGCUAUCAUGAGAUCCAUUGGCAUUACAGCGUUGCUUGUCUGGUUGUUUGAGCUCUCUGUCCUUAUUGGUGUCCGGUACCUACAAACAGCCAUGAGGAACGUCCUGCUGCUGGGAGACCUGGAGGGUGAAUCAGACGGUUGGUUACUAGAAAACAGCUUUGUGGAAACUGCCAAAUACAACAUCAAUAUCAUUAAGAACCUCGGCAAAGCCAACCAGAUCUCCACUGUCUCAGGCAUGAACGACCCCAACAUCGAUGUUCAAAACACGAACUGUGGCAAAUCCAACAUUACGACAAAAUGCAUCCCGGCAGCUAGCUAGGCACGGCUUCAAAUAAAUGACAUCACAAGUGUAGGAGUUCUCUGCUCAAGAAAAGGAAUUGGCAGCUCCUGCUGGGGUAUUGAAAUUCUGAGUAACACCUGGUAGCACAAGUUUAAAAACAAGCAAAUACUUACCCUAAAACAAAUACUGAUGAUCCUUAAUGUUAAAAAGCUCCUAAUUUCAGAAGUAUUUACACAGAUCCAGGGGCUGAAAUAUUAGGGAUUAUUUGGAAUGAAUGAAGACAAAGAUCGGUUGACAGCUCUCCCAUCACGUUCCAAGAACUUUGUCAGCGCCCAGAGUGAAAGGCGCCUACAGCCCAGGCGCUUGUAGUUACAGGACGCCCUAUGACUGUAGCGCAUCGUUAACAGUAAUAUUGCAAGCAGGAAAAAACAUACAGAUACAGAAUAGGUGAUAAAACACCAAAUAAAAUAUUUUACUUCU